AUGGAGGACGUCUGGCAACGCUUCUCAUAUGCCGGUUUUGUUGCCCAAUAUGUGGACGAUUUCGGUAAAACAAAGCGAAGUAUACUUUUGACGUCUGGAUUCUGGGGAAUCGCGCGACACAUGAACUACACGUUUGAGUUAUUGGCAACAUUUCUGUGGUGUUUGCCCGCACUAUAUGCCAGUCCCAUACCGUACCUCAACCUCCUAUUCGUCACUAUACUCCUACCCUUUUACGUGGGCUAA